GAGGCAAUACAUUUCCACCCACCCUUCAAUUCACCAGACUUGGGCCAGUUCUGUGGUUCCCCAGAUUUCAUUACAAAGAGAUCAACUGGGCCCUCAGAGGAUGCACUCUUCUUUGAAUUAGUUUUGCCUCCUUCUGCAGCUGCUAUGAUCAAUGGGACCACAACAGUAACCAGAUUAUCCAAAUCUCCUGCAGCAGUUCAUACAACUCAAGAGAGAGACUCAGCUACUUCUAUCACUAGUACAAGCUCAGCAGAGUGGUCAUGUCCUAACUGUAUGUGCCCCAGCCCUGUUACAAGUAUAUCAGACCAAGGUCAAGAGGAUAUCAGCUCUUCCUAUGCUGACUUGGAGAAGAAUACCCAGCACCUAAGACAUUUGGAGAGGACACCUUCAGCAGCUGAGGGUUACAACAUUUCUGCAUCCAGUGCUCUUGGAAACUUAAGAAUUGCUGAUGUUCAUCCAGGUGGUCAUUUUGUGAAGAUCCUUAACUCUUCCCCUGUUAUAGAAGAGAGUAUUGGGGAUUAUAUCCUCCAGCAGAAUGUCAGUGGCCAAGCAGUAGCAGUGUUCAGAUUCCCACCAAACAUCAGAAUGAAUGCCAACUCUACAGUAACAGUGUGGGCAGUAGAUGCCAAUGUGCUUCAUAAGCCUCCAUCACAUUUUCUCUGGAAGGAGCAAAAUCGAUUAAGGACAGACUUAGAUUGUUCCACCAUCCUUUGUGAACCAAGUGGCCAAGCUGUUGCCUGGUGCACUCCUAUGUACUGGAACAGAAAGCUGAGAUGGAAGGGGCAAGAAGACGGUGAAAGCCUGAAGAAUAACACAAAGCCAACCAAACUAAUAAAACAGCAAAGAAAAUCAGAAUUGAAGCUAUCUGAUGUAGAACAGGGAGAAGCUCUCCGAGGCCAACCAGAAGAAAAAGGACCAAUUUUCAUUAAAAGAGAAAACAAGGCCCCAGCAACCCUUUUCCCAACACAGAAUUCUUGGUGCCGAAGUCCAAACUCUUCUACUCACCCUCACUUCUCCCUGGUUAGACCAUUAACCAUGGGCAAUGAUGGCAGCAGUCUGUGCAGACAGUCCAGGUGUCAGUCAGCAAAACCUGACCCAGCACCAGGUACUCUGUAUGUAGGAAGCAGCCAUGGAAGAGGCAAAACCAUUGCAUGUUCUCGUGAAAAAAACAGUAGAGGGUCCACUAGAUCAGCAGGGCCUAAUUUAGGUGGAGUGAUGUACGUAGGCUCUGCACCCACCAGCUCUGCUCUACAGAAGUACUUUGUCCCUUUGGCUUACAACUUCAGGCUACCAACCCAGGCUUCAUUUACUCCUUCCACUUUCACAUAACACCUGAUCCAGGAUCUAAGAACAAGAGGGAGGAGAAUUAAUGCUCAGGAGCCAGUAAUGUGAACCGUUGCUUCAAGGAAUGAGAAGGUUUGGCUGUUAAGUGACACUACAAAUUGUAAGUCACAUUUCUGUGUAGCCUGGUCCCCACAAUAAAGUUUGUUUUGCUGAUUCUG